UGCGGGAAAUUGAACUUGAAACAGUUUGGGGGGGAAAAAAAUAUAUAUAUAUCUUUUCCUAAUGUGCGCUGAUACCUCGUGCGAAACAAGCUCUAAGAAUCAGGUGUGCGCUUUUUAUAUCCAAUGAGUCACUGCGGUCUCUGGAAUUCGCCGCACGACUUUAGCUUGAUAUUCAUCAUCUCAAGAUCACGACCCAGAUGCAUUUCCCCCGGAUCAACACAUAAAACCAUUAUAUUAUGUUCUUUUAAACACCUGCUUCGCCGUAUUUUACGUUGCUCUGUAGAGGAUAUGGACCUGCAGCUGAACUGGAUUUGAUUUAUCAGCUGAAAACCUGCAGCAAAUGGCCACGCUUUUCACGCUGCCGGGAUGGAAACGUAAUUGUCGAUAGGGAUGUGGCUGAUGAAUAGUGCUGAAUAAAGGAUGCCGCCGCCAUACGUGUGAAAUCGAUGGGAAAUACUUGCCAUGUGAAAAAGCCUUUGAGAGUUUUGACAGUUCAGCAUUCUGCGAUUUGAUUGCCCGCACCUCCAAGUCCCGCGAGUGGAUAUAAAUAGGAUUUGUUUUUAAGUGCCGCCGGUGCGGAGCGCCUCCUCUGGUGUGGAGGAGGCGGUGCGGGUGGGCAGCGGGAGCAUGCCGCCGCGGAGGCCCGUGCGCCCGCGCCUCGCGUGGAGGGGCCUGCGUGCGCAGCUGGGCGCCGACCUCCCCUACUUCCUGUGGAUUUUGGCAACGGCGCUUCAGGUGGCCACCGUGGCCCCCGAUACUCUGGACGAGGCAGACCCGGUGGUGACCACCAACUACGGCAAGAUGCGGGGGUUCAAGAAGGAGCUCCACAACGAAAUACUGGGACCCGUUAUCCAGUUUUUGGGCGUGCCCUACGCGGCGCCUCCUAUUGGAGACAGACGCUUCCAGCCCCCCGAGCCGCCCUCCUCGUGGUCCGGCACACGAAACGCCACCCAUUUCGCUCCCGUCUGUCCCCAGACCAUCCAGGAGGGGAGGCUACCUGAAGUCAUGCUUCCUGUGUGGUUUACUAACAGCAUCGAGAUUGUGUCAUCAUAUGUUCAGGACCAGAGUGAGGACUGCCUUUACUUAAACAUAUACGUCCCCACAGAGGAUGACAUCCGGGAAAGCGGGAGUCCGAAACCGGUGAUGGUGUUCAUCCACGGUGGAUCGUAUAUGGAGGGGACUGGGAAUAUGUUCGAUGGGAGCAUCUUGGCGAGCUAUGGCAACGUCAUCGUCAUCACAGUGAACUACCGUUUGGGAGUAUUAGGUUUUUUAAGCACCGGUGACCAAGCAGCAAAAGGAAACUAUGGACUACUGGAUCUGAUCCAAGCCCUGCGCUGGACUAGUGAAAACAUUGCUUUCUUUGGGGGUGACCCAUUACGCAUUACUGUUUUUGGAUCAGGGGCUGGUGCCUCCUGUGUCAAUCUCUUGACCCUGUCCCAUUAUUCUGAAGGUAACCGUUGGAGCAAUUCGACCAAAGGAUUGUUUCAGAGAGCUAUAGCACAGAGCGGCACGGCACUCUCAAGCUGGGCGGUCAGCUUUCAACCAGCCAAAUACGCCCGGAUCCUGGCCAAGAAGGUGGGCUGCGACCUCGAAAGCUCGGCCGACCUGGUGGAGUGUCUGCAAAAGAGGCACUACAAGGAGCUGGUCGACCAGGACGUCCAGCCGGCCCGGUACCACAUCGCCUUUGGCCCCGUCAUCGACGGCGACGUCAUCCCAGACGACCCUCAGAUCCUCAUGGAGCAGGGGGAGUUCCUCAACUAUGACAUCAUGCUGGGCGUCAACCAGGGCGAGGGGCUGAAGUUCGUCGAGCUCAUCGUGGACAACGAGAAUGGCGUCCAGGCCAACGACUUUGACUACGCCGUCUCCAGCUUCGUGGACGACUUGUAUGGGUACCCGGAGGGCAAGGACAUCCUGAGGGAGACCAUCAAGUUUAUGUACACGGACUGGGCCGACCGCCACAACCCGGAGACGCGGAGGAAGACGCUGCUGGCCCUCUUCACCGACCACCAGUGGGUCGCCCCUGCCGUGGCCACCGCCGACCUGCACUCCAGCUUUGGGUCACCCACCUACUUCUACGCCUUCUACCACCACUGCCAGACGGAGCAGGUGCCGCCCUGGGCAGACGCGGCCCACGGUGACGAGAUCCCCUAUGUCUUCGGCUUGCCCAUGGUUGGCCCAACGGAGCUUUUCCCGUGCAACUUCUCCAAGAACGAUGUCAUGCUCAGCGCCGUGGUGAUGACAUAUUGGACAAACUUCGCCAAAACUGGUGAUCCCAAUCAGCCAGUUCCCCAGGAUACUAAAUUCAUCCAUACUAAGCCGAACCGUUUCGAGGAGGUCGCCUGGACGCGCUACAACCAGAAGGACCAGCUCUACCUGCACAUCGGGCUGAAGCCCCGUGUGAAGGAGCAUUACCGGGCCAACAAGGUUAACCUGUGGCUGGAGCUGGUUCCUCACCUGCACAGCCUCAACGAUGUCACCCAGAUCGCCUCCUCCACCACCAAGGUUCCCUUGCUGGACAUCACCCCCGGAACGCCAAAGAGAUCCCCUCCCGUCACCACCAGGUGGCCCAACCCUACGCCCUUCCCCACCGAGAACCAAGACGGCCACAACCAGCUGGAGCGCCCCCUCCUGGUGGACCAGAGGGACUACUCGACGGAGCUCAGCGUCACCAUCGCGGUGGGCGCCUCCCUCCUCUUCCUCAACAUCCUGGCCUUCGCCGCCCUCUACUACAAGAAGGACAAGAGGAGACAGAACACGCACCAGCGGGGCAGCCCCCAGCGCACCACUGCCAACGACCUGGCCCACACCCAGGAGGAGGAGAUCAUGUCCCUGCAGAUGAAGCACACAGACGCCAACCACCAGUGCGAUGGCAUCCAUCCGCACGAGGUGGUGCUCAGAACUGCCUGUCCACCGGACUACACCCUGGCCAUGAGGAGGUCCCCGGACGACCUCCCGCUCAUGACUCCCAACACCAUCACCAUGAUUCCCAACAGCAUCCAGCCCCUGCAUCCUUUCGGCACCUACCCGAGUGGGCAGAACCACACCCUGCCUCACUCCCACUCCCAUGCCCACCCCCAUUCACAUUCAACAACCAGAGUAUAG